GUUUGAUUUAAUUUAAUGCCAUUUUUGUACCAGCUUACCCAGUCUUCUUCCCUGGCCCUGCUUUCCCCACUGGCGUGCGCGCGUGCAUGCGGCAUCGCGGGAGGCAUUGAAAUCUGCAUCACGUUCCCCACCGAAUAUGUGAAAACGCAACUGCAGCUUGACGAGAAGGCCAACCCGCCACGCUAUAAAGGCAUCGUGGAUUGUGUCCGAGUGACGGUGCGGGAUCAUGGGGUCAAAGGGCUUUACCGAGGACUCAGCUCGUUGGUGUAUGGUUCCAUCCCGAAGGCUGCUGUGAGAUUUGGCAUGUUUGAAUUCCUGAGCAACCACAUGAGAGAUGCAGACGGGAAGCUGGACAGCACACGUGGCCUUCUCGCCGGUUUGGGGGCUGGUGUGGCUGAAGCCGUGGUGGUAGUCUGCCCCAUGGAAACCAUCAAGGUGAAGUUCAUUCAUGACCAGUGUUCCCCCCACCCAAAGUACCGAGGUUUCUUUCAUGGAGUGCGGGAGAUAGUUCGGGAACAAGGGUUAAAAGGAACCUAUCAGGGUUUAACCGCCACAGUCCUCAAACAAGGUUCCAACCAAGCCAUCCGCUUUUUUGUCAUGACGGCUCUUAGGAACUGGUACAAAGGGGACAAUCCAAACAAAGAGAUAAACCCACUCGUGACGGGAGUAUUUGGGGCACUCGCUGGUGCUGCCAGCGUCUUUGGUAACACCCCGUUGGAUGUUGUGAAGACCAGAAUGCAGGGUCUUGAAGCGCAUAAGUACAAGAGCACCUUGAAUUGUGCCUACCAAAUUAUGAAAUAUGAAGGACCUCUUGCGUUUUACAAGGGGACAAUCCCUCGCCUGGGAAGGGUCUGCUUAGAUGUAGCCAUUGUGUUCAUCAUCUAUGAUGAAGUGGUCAAGGUACUCAACAAAGUGUGGAAAACGGACUGAGAGCUCAUGGCAGUGAGCCGGGUGGUCAUCUGCCCACCCCAUCAGGCAACAGCUGGGAUAAAGGUGUGACCAACUGCAGAAGGCAUUUGAAAGGGUGGUGUGUUCCUUCAUUCUUUUUCCUCUCACUGGGAGUGGUGCCACAGACGCCAAGUGGAUGUGAAUCCGGUCCCCAAAUCACUAUCACGUUUUAUGAUUUUUAUUUAUCGGAAUGAACUGUGGAUUGUUCUUCUGUUUGUAUGUUUCACUGUAAAGGUCAAUUGUGUGAGACAACUGGGGGGUAGGCAGGACAGGGUCAUGGGAAUGAAUUCAUGGGUCAUCUUCAAAUGGUUUUUUUCCAAUGGGAGGUCAGGGAAUGAGGUCAGUGGGUGGGAUGGAGAGGUUUUCUUUAGUGCUCUUGAAAGUUGGGGGAAAAUAUACAUGCUUGUUGGCCCUCUCACUUGUUCACUCUUAGAAUACAAGUUCAAGGCAAGUCCUUCCUUUUCAAAAGAGAAAUGAAUUGAGGAUGGUGCAGAUGGCUGGGAUUGUGUGUGCGUGUGCCUGUGUGUGAGUAAUUUGUUUUUGUAGUGCCAUUUUUACUGGAUGCUUUUCCACCAAAGAGCUUCUGGGAAAGACAGAGGUGGAACACAGGGAGGUCUUCCCAGUAGUCAGCAGGAAAAGGGAUCUCCAGCUGACUUAAGUUCAUCAGCAAGGUGGUCUGAAGCAUCUUUCCCAACCUGAUGCUUCUCAGGUCUGUAGAACCAUUGGCUGGGUCUGCUAGGAUUUCUGGAUCUGGUGGUCCAACACUCUUUCAGGGCAUUAGGAUAGGGAAGGCAAACCCUGAAACUCACAAAAGAGCCCAGAAAAAGUAUCUCCAUCCCAAAGGAGAUUGAUGUGGUCUUUAUCUUUGUGCCCCCGUCCUUUGGUGGAAAACUGAUACUCACCCACUUUUGGGUGAAGUGGUAACCAAAAACAAAACACUGAAUACAUUCCAAGAAUCACCCUUCCAUCGUUUUCUUUUGGCAACUUGCAGUUCUUCAUGAUCACGUUUGCCCUUUUGAGCCACAAAUGGACAUCCUAGGCUUCUGGCUUAGACAGGUAUCUCCAGGGCAGGAUAAAAAUUCUCCAUGUAGGUCUUCUCCUAGCCACAUUCAGAUAACACGGAUGCAGGAAAACUAGGAAGAGCAGCAAUUAUUGUUGUGCUGGGUUUUCUCAGACCCCAUCAGCCUUCACUUCUUGUAUCCAAGAGGGGCAUGGCGUAUCUUGUUCUUCAGGAUGUGGGAGAAGAGGAUGAUAUUGCCACCUGGUCUGUUGCGCAACAGACAGAAUGGGUCAAGGCUGCUUGGACAGGUGGGAAGUUGCCCCUGGUGGGCUUUAAUGUAUCAGCUACCUAGAGAAAUAGUAGUAGUUAUUGACCUUCUAUGAUGGAGAUGCUAAGCCUUGGCAGAUAAGAUCAGCUCAUCUGGAAACUGCAAUAUUAUUCUUCCCCAAACCCUGGAUGUUAUGUGCCUCCCAACCCUCGUGCCUGGCACUUUGGGUUUUUUGUUCCAAUGAAUGUGUGUGAUUUUUUAAAAUAUAUACAUAUAUAUAUAUUGGGGACCUCUUUUUCCCUUGAUCCCUCUCUGGAACAUGCAGGAAUGUUCCUUGCAGGUUGGACAGAACCUGCCCUACUGUGCCCAUUUACUCAUUCCAUAGACUUCAUUGGUUUACGCUGUUUCAGGGGGUAGGGGCAAAGGGAGCAAUUGACAAUGAUUCUUCUUUCAGACCAUGCUCCGUGGGGCAUCUGGUGGAGAGAAGACCUCCCCAUGCAUCCUUUCCAAAGGGACUAUGUUCUCCUUAGACACUGCCUUAGUUUAAGAACCAUAGGAAGUCCUUCGACAAGGCCCUGAGAUUUGGCAAACCUGACACUGAUUUACCAUUUCCUGUACUGUAUUAAGAAGGGGAAGGCAGCCCCUUUGUCUCUUCUGCCCUGGUGCCAAGAAAAGUUGGGAUGAUUCCAUUAAUCCGUGCCAAACGUUUUGCAUCUUUUGUCCCUUUCAUUGUAUGUGAUGGUCUUCUCCUCCCUUGCCUGCCCACCCACUUUCCACAUUUAACCCUCCUGCUGCAGGUUAGCUAAAUCCAACCUACACGUCAUGGUGGGGAGUAGCGGAUUAAAAAAAAGCUAAGGCAGAUCUGGUUGGCUGCUGUGGUGGGGCUCAGCUGGUCCAGAAAGAUUCUGGAGAAAGCUUAUAUCCAAGUAAGGGUGUAAACUGUAUUUGUGGCACAGCAUUGUCCAAAUGGAGAUCCUGCUGUUCUUCCCUUCUCCUUCUGAAUGUCAAUGUCCGUGAACUUCCCUUCCUGUGGGCUGUUAAUUCCCGAGAUUCAUUCUUAUACUACCUAUAUGACAAAGUUAAUGCAGAGGUGGCCAGGGCUAGUAGGUUAUUGCUUGUAUUUUUACAGAAUCCAAUGUUUCUUAGAUUGAGGAUUUAAAUUAAAUGUUUUAAAUGUCUCACUGUAUGCCCUGGCAGCCUAACUCUAGUAUGGUUUUGGAAUUCUUGAGCUGUUCAGCAUGGAUGCUGACAAUAAAACCAACGUUGCCUGGUUAUUAA